UUAUUAUUAUUAUUAUAAUUAUGUGGCGGAAUGGGCUUCCAUAAAUUUACAGUAAAGAUGCAAUUCGAAGUGACUGAACAAAUCUUUUUGGUGAACAGAAGACUCGACUCACUAGGAUGAAUCAAAAUCCAAUGAAACAUCGUCUCGCGCCUUCAUGUCCCAGCGUUCAAACUAGGAAGGACAAUGGCAGGGGUCAGACAUUUCAGCAUUUAUUUCAGCACUUUCGGCUCUUGGGCUUUAAAACCCUGAUGUCAUGAGAGAGCAUUCAAAUGAGUCAUAUGACAAGUGGAGGGUGUGUGCUCACCUCAUAUUACGUUAUCGUCCAAACAUAUUAAAUGAGCUUUCCAAAAGACUGCCGAAAGUGCCAAGGGCUUUUACCUGUUGACUCUAUCUACUAUGACCUCAAAACAACUUUAAUGUUUGGGAGAAAGAGUCUAAGAGGAGUUAAGCAGCGCCAACGCGAUGAUCGCAUCUUGUGAUGAUUCACAUGUGGAAGAGAACAAUAAAAACCAUCUGGAAAGUAAUGGAAACGUUGGGAAAGUAAAGGGAAUGAACUGCAGUCUUUCUGCGGGGAACAAGAGCAUCUGUCCGUCGGUCGCAACGGUGAUUGCACCUGAGUCUACCUGUCAACGCAUCUCUCUGCCAGGUGUAAUGGACGCGGAAGGCAGAGUGGACGAGUCCAGACUCAGGAUGUAUAUAUUUAAAAACGGUGGUGUGUCUCCUGAGGAACGGGGUCAGGUAUGGCGCUUUCUUUUCGGGAUGUAUCCCUGCAGCUCUACGACUCUGGAGCGCCCCCUAUUGCUAGAGCAGAUGGCUGUGCGCUAUCAGGUCAUGAAGAGGAAAUGGCAACGGCUGCUUCCUGGAGCCGUUCGCCUGCAUCUCAAUGGCACGGAUGCGGAACUGCUGGCAGCUGUGAAAUAUUUUGACCAAAGGCAGGACAGAGAGUACAAUCAGCAGCAGUACCGGUCAGAAGAGGUCAAAGAGAGGUUGUCUUUUUUGGAGCUGCAGGCUCAGGUGCUGUUUGAACGGGUAAAAUUUAACCUGGAAGAGCUUCAGGAGGCCAUACGCAUUAUUGACAAGGAUGUCCCCCGAACAGACAGAGAUCUGCCCUACUACCGGAAUGAAGGCUUGGGUAACCUGCUUGUGUUAAGAGAUAUCCUGAUCACAUUUGCUGCUUUUCACCCAGAAGUGAGUUACGCACAGGGUAUGAAUGACCUGUGCAGCCGCUUUCUGGAGGUACUAGACUCCGAAGUAGACACUUACUGGAGCUUCACCUGCUACAUGGAGAAGUUUUCCAAAGACUUCCGUGCUGAUGGACUGUAUCGCAAAAUGGAGCUGGAGGCAGCUUUACUAAAGGAACUGGAUCCUAAGCUACAUUCUCAUCUGGUCACAGAUAACAUGGACAGACUCGCAUUCUGUCACAGGUGGCUGCUGUUGGGUUUCCAGCGUGAGUUUGAACACAGUGAUGCUCUGCGUCUGUUUGAGAUUCUCAGCUGUGAUCACCUGGAGCUCAUCUCACAGCAGGUGGAUCAAGCUCGAUAUCAGGAGAGACUAACACGCAAACAAAGCCUGGAGGAUGAACCUGUGAUGGAGGCUCAGGCCAUCAACACAAACUUCACCUUUGAACUCUUCAUGUGUGCCACCAUCCUGCUGGAUAACAGAGAAACUCUACUGAGCUGCAGGAACGAUGUGCAACUCAUCCAGUUUACAAGCAGCUACUCCCAGGCCUGAUUACCGCCACACCUGUUCUCAAUCAAGAAAUCACUUAAAUAGGACCUGCCUGACAAAGUGAAGUAGACCAAAAGAUCUUCAAAAGCUAGACAUCAUGCCGAGAUCCAAAGAAAUUCAGGAACAAAUGAGAAAGAAAGUAAUUGAGAUCUAUCAGUCUGGAAAAGGUUAUAAAGCCAUUUCUAAAGCUUUGGGACUCCAGAGAACCACAGUGAGAGUCAUUAUCCACAAAUGGCGAAAACAUGGAACAGUGGUGAACCUUCCCAGGAGUGGCCGGCCGACCAAAAUUACCCCAAGAGCGCAGCGACGACUCAUCCAAAAGGUCACAAAGGACCCCACAACAACACCCAAAGAACUGCAGGCCUCACUUGUGUCAGUUAAGGUCAGUGUUCAUGACUCCACCAUAAGAAAGAGACUGGAGAAUACAGGACUCAUCGGACCAGACAACCUUCUUCCACUGCUCCAAGGUCCAGUUCUGACACUCGCGUGCCCAUUGUAGGCACAUUCGACAGUGGAGAGGGGUCAUCGUGGUUUCUCUGACCAGUCUGCGGCUACGCAGCCCCAUACACAGCAGGGUGCGAUGCACUGUGUGUUGUGACACAUUGCUCCCAUAACCAUCAUUACAAUUUUCUGUGACUUGUGCCACAGUAGACCUUCUGUCGGUUCGGACCAGAUGGGAUAGCCUUCGUUGCCCUUAUGCAUUGAUGAGCCUUGGGCGCCCAACAUCCUGUCACCGUUUUGUGGUUUGUCCCUCCUCGGACCACUGUCGGUAUGUACUCACCGCUGCUGACCGGAAGCACCCCACAAGCCUUGCCGUUUCAGUGAUGCUCUGACCCAGUUAUCUGGCCAUAACAAUUUGGCCCUUGUUUAGUCACUCAGGUCUUUACUCCUGCCCAUUUCUCGUGGAGUCAACAUGUUGACUAUGAGAACUGAUUGUUCGUUUACCAUCUAAUCUACCCAGACCUUGACAUGUGGCCUUGUUAGGAGAUAAUCAGCAUUAUUCACUUCACCUGUGAAUGGUCAUAAUGUUUUGGCUCAACAAUGUGUUUGUGUGUGUGUGUGUGUGUGUGUGUGUGUACAUUUUAUAUAUAUAUAUAUACAAAUUACACACAUUGUGAAUAAUCCAGAAAUUAUUC